UUUGCAGCCUCUCUUAUUGUGAACAGCAUAACAGGACCAGCACUUGGCCUUCCAUUGAAUCCAAAAGCAGCGAAGGAAGCUGAGAAAAUUCUGGCGUCAUCUCUUGCAAAAUUUGAGACAAUUUGGCUCAAAGGAAAUGCAAAAUUUUUGCUAGGUAGUUUUCAGCCAUCUAUUGCAGAUCUCAGUCUUGUUUGUGAGAUAAUGCAACUGGAGAUUUUGGAUGAGAAAGAUCAUGAAAGAAUAUUAGGCCCCCAUGGAAAGAUUCUGGAAUGGGUUGGAAAUGUGAAAGCCGCAACAAGUCAUUAUUUUGAAGAAGUACAUGCAUUCCUUUAUAGACUUAAAGCGAAGUUGCAAAGGCAAAGGUCAUCAAUGAGUGAUAAGAUUAUUACAUCCUUCACAGAAGGCAAGCUUCCAUCAAAGCUUUAACAUUUUUCUGUCACAUUAUUUUCCUGCAAAGUAAUAUUAGCUACGUACGGUAUGGUUCUGUUGUAACAAAAAAGACAAAUAAAGAAGUUUAAAUUUUUGAAGAUGAAUGCCACCAACAAGCACAUA